AUGGCUAAACGUUCUUGCGCUAAUACCCGUUGGCAAAAAGAACAACGCUUUUGCCUACUGACUGGAGGCAGUCUCACCAGAGGCGUGUUCUUCCGGUGGACUCCAGUCGUCCGUUCCCAAUCAACGGACGCCUUCCCGGAUGAUUUCGAUGCCAAAGAAACUCAGCGUCUCAAAGACGAGGAGACGGAGUACGAAAAUGACAUUAAGGUUAAAAUUUUAGAUGCUGCCUUAGGUUACGUCGAUAUUAGCGGAUGGAGUAAGGAAGCAUUGGCUCAAGGAGCUGAAAGCUUAGGCUACCCUAGUGUUACGCAUGGACUCUUCCCUAAAGGCGGAGUCGAAUUAGUCCAUCAUUUUUAUCAACGAGCAAACGAUCGUUUAUCGUCCGAGCUUCCAUCUGAUAUACAGGAAGCUCAUCUCGAUCCACUAAAAGCGAAGAAUGAUCUAAAGAUAUUACGACUCGCCGUCGAAAAAAGACUAAGGAUGAAUGCGGACCACAUAUUCACUAGCAGAUGGACUGAAGCGUUGGGCCUUAUGGCUUUCCCACCAAAUGCGCCAUCAUCUUUGAAGUUGUUGGCCAACCUCGUUGAUGAAAUGUGGUUCCAUGCCGGUGACACCUCAGCUGAUUUUUCAUGGUACACCAAGAGAGCCCUGUUGGCAACCGUCUACAAGUCUACGGAGAUGAGCAUGAUUCAAGAUAGAAGUGAUGACUUUAAAAGCACAUGGGAAUUUUUGGAUCGUCGCAUCGACGAGAUGGAUCAAUUGCGCGAUUGUCCUAAGAAAUUGGAAGAAGCAUCUGUCGUCAUGAAAGGGUUCUAUCAGACCGCGCUGAAUGUGAUAGGCGUCCCAGACAGGAGGAAGAUGGAAUAAUUCAUUUAUCAAGUUGGGUGUUUUCUCUAGAACAAAUACAAAUAGCGGAGAGCCGGUGGUGGCUGGUAACUAAA